UCACCGACCUCCUUUAAUUUGAGCUCAGCCGCCGUGGGGUCCGCACUCAGCGAAGGGGGAUCUUCUCGUUUCCAGACCUAGCUAGGGAGAAGGAGAUCCGGUUGGAUUUGUUUCACCUCUUUGGCAAGACCUUACCCGAUCCCGGCGCUGGAUUUUUAAACCUCAAAACUCUCCUCGAGGUUUUUCUUUUCGAUUUUCUUUUUUGUUUCCAACACACAGUAAGAGAGAAUGGGAGCCCCGUUGUCCAAGGGUGGAGUAGCUGUUGAGGGGAAAGCCGCCGCCGCUGCCGACCCUGCCGCCGCCAAAGCCAACGGCCAGGAGAACGGUCACGUCAAAUCCAACGGUGACGUGUCGGCCAAGCCCGACGGGGAAGUGGCCGCAGCCGCCGAUGGAAACGGAACAGCCGAACUGGCCAAGGAGGGCGAAAACGGCACCGGGGACGCCAUCGAGCCAGCCCCCGCGGCCGAGGGGGAGUCCGCCAAGCCGGAGGGUGAGGGCGCCAAGGAGGGCAAGAAGAAGAAGAAGUUCUCCCUGAAGAACUCCUUCAAGUUCAAGGGCAUCUCGCUGAAGAAGAGUAAGAAGGGCGGUGAGGAGGGCAAGGAGGAGGUCGCCUCCCCGACGGCUGAGGAGAAUGGCCACUCGGCCAAGGAAACCAAAGAGGAGACGCCGGCCGCCGAGGCCAAAGAGGACGAGGCCGCAGAUCCGGCUGCUGCUGAGGCCGCACCCGAGGGAGAGGCCAAGGCGAAGGAGGAGGCCCCACCCACAGAGGCUGCCCCGGUCGAGGAGGCCGCCGCUGCCGACGCCAUCCCUGCUGAGGACACGACACCCGCGGCCCCCGAGGGUGAGGCCAAGGCAGAGUGACUGCCCCCCCCCCCCCCCUCCCUCCCUCCCCCCAGCCGCGGCACCUGAACUGAUUUUCCAAGAUUAAAAGUAUAUAAAUAUAUAUAUGAGCGACGCGUGCCACGUUCUUAAAAGUUAUAAACGAAACUAGAGAAGAAGACAACGGAUAUAUCACGUCUGCUGAGUCAACCACCAGUUCACUGCCUUUUAUUAGUUCUUCGACAGAUGGAAUCUCACUGGGCCCUCUCACGAUCAAAGCGUCGGCGUGUGUCGCCCCCUCAUGGUACACACGGGGACUGGCGUGUGGUGAAGGUAAAUGGAUUGGAUGGAUGUGGAGCGAAUCAGGAAUACUGACUUAUUUUCCCAGUUCACGGAGAAGCAUCCUUUUUUAACAGCGUGGCAGCCCUAUAACAUUUUUCUUUUUCUGUCUCAUCUCUCUUCUUUUUUUUUUUUUUUGGAUCUAAAAAAUUGUCACCGUAGCGGAGCGGGGCAGAGCAUCUCCUUCACUCGAAAUGACUGUUAUAUGGACACAUAAACCUUUCAGAAAGAUCUAACUCAUUUUUAGAAUUCUACAUUCCUAUGUUUUACCCCCCCAAACAAUUUCAAGUAUUUUGUCAUGUAUAGAAAAGUAAAAAAUCAAGGAGGGGAGGUGGAAGAUGAGCAAUGUCUUUGUACGUGCAUUUCGAUUAGUUCUUUUGUUCUUCUGGCUAAAACCACAUUCGAGCUUCUUGAGUAUUGCAGUGUUCACAUUUCAGUUUAUGAUGCAGGGGUUGUGUACAAAAUGUGAGCUUUUUAAUCUGCAAACUGUCUCUGUAAAUAUGUUUUCGCCAAUAUUUUUGGUUCUCUUUAUUUUGCUAUCGUUUGAAGAUGUCAAUGAUUUUAUUGUAACUUUUAAUAAGGGUAAAUAAAUGUUCGAUCCCCCCCC